AUGCACUUCCUCACCACCGCAGCCGUAUCUCUCCUCUCACUCACGACCUCCACGACCGCCCUCUCAUUCGCAGCACCCUACUCCUGGCAGGUCUCCAACCUCGACGCCGGCUGCCAAGAUGGCCAAUGCUCCUACCUCUUCGACGUCUCGUCGCUCGAAUACGUCGACAUUCCCAAGUUCAGCGCACAAUGCACUGCUCGUACUAUGCGUCGCGAUAGCACGUACCGCAAGUGCCAACUUGAUGGAGAGCAGUCGGGUAAUAUGAAGAGACAGUCUGGACCAAGACGAGUUGAGAAAGUCGAGGCGUCCCUGAGCCUUACGCCGAGAGCUCCGGAUGAUACUGUUUUUUCAGUCAAGGUGACAGCGAAUGAUGGAAAUGGCGUUGUGACUUGGUGGUAUGGCAAUGUCACCCGGCAGCCUUAUGGAUACUAUGAGAGGACUAGCGAUUUCAACGUUAUUCCAGAGGUUGGUGGUAGUGCGGCUGCUUAG